AUGACAUCUAUACUUUUUGAAGACACUUUUGAAGUCAAAGAAAUUGAUCCAGAUGGAAAAAAGUUCGACAGAGUUUCUAGAUUCGUAUGUUAUAGUGAAAAUUAUGAAAUGGAUUUACAAAUUGAUAUUGCAACACAUAUUUAUCCAUUAGGACAUGAAAGAUUUAAAAUGGUUUUAGCAUCAUCAUUAAAUUUAGAUGGUUCAUCAGAUAAUAGUGGUUCAUACGAUACUAAUAAACCAUCUUUAGCUGAUAAAUAUGAUUAUGUUAUGUAUGGUAAAAUUUUUAAAUAUCAAAAAGAAAACUCUUCUUCAAAAGUGUCUGUUUUUGCAUCAUUUGGUGGUUUAUUGGUUCUCCUUCAAGGUGACCCAAGAUACUUACCAGGUAUUGAAUUAGAUGCUCGUAUUUAUUUAUUAAUUAAAAAAGCUUAA